AAAGAGUUACAAUAGUCCAGCCUAGAAGUAGCAAAUGCGUGGACAAGUUUUUCUGCAUCCGCUUGAGAUACAAUGUAUCUGAUUUUGCCGAUGUUACCUAAGAGGAAGAAUGCAAUCCUCAAAAUUUGUUUUAUGUGGACAUUAAAGGACACGUGACAGGAAAUGUAAUGUGUCUAUCCGUAUGUGUCACCGUAGUUUCUCCUUCACGCCUACAAGGUAAGUGUUGCAAUCAGCAACUGCACCGCUAAAUGCCACCAAAUCCCAUACACUGGUUGUGAAGAAGCUUCCCUGCUCUAACUAAGCUGGAUACACUGAGAUAGCAGCUCGCUGCAGGUGAUCGACCAGAAUCACACAAACGAUGUCUUCAAGUCCAACUCCCUCCCUGGCGGGGCCGCACCCGGGCUGCCACCGACCUGCGGCGGCCGGUUACAGCCGGCGAAGUGCGUCCCCCCGCCGGGGGAAGCAGCGGCCUCCCUCCCUGGCGGGGCCGCACCCGGGCCGGCGGCCGGUUACAGCCGGCGAAGUGCGUCCCCCCGCCGGGGGAAGCAGCGGCCUCCCUCCCUGGCGGGGCCGCACCCGGGCUGCCACCGACCGGCGGCGGCCGGUUACAGCCGGCGAAGUGCGUCCCCCCGCCGGGGGAAGCAGCGGCCUCCCUCCUGGCGGGGCCGCACCCGGGCUGCCACCGACCGGCGGCGGCCGGUUACAGCCGGCGAAGGCGUCCCCCCGCCGGGGGAAGCAGCGGCCUCCCUCCCUGGCGGGGCCGCACCGGGCUGCCACCGACCGGCGGCGGCCGGUUACAGCCGGCGAAGGCGUCCCCCCGCCGGGGGAAGCAGCGGCCUCCCUCCCUGGCGGGGCCGCACCCGGCUCCACCGACCGCGGGCCGUUACAGCCGGCGAAGUGCGCACUAUCAUUUCUCCUCACGCCUACAAUCCACUCCCUCCCUGGCGGGGCCGCACCCGGGCUGCCACCGGCCGCCGGCGGCCGGUUACAGCCGGCGAAGUGCGUCCCCGCCGGGGGAAGCAGCGGCCUCCCUCCCUGGCGGGGCCGCCCCCGGGCUGCCACCGACGGCGGCGGCCGGUCAGCCGGCGAAGUGCGUCCCCCCGCCGGGGGGAAGCAGCGGCCUCCCUCCCUGGCGGGCCGCACCCGGGCUGCCACCGACCGCGCGCGGCCGGUUACAGCCGGCGAAGUGCGUCCCCCCGCCGGGGGAAGCAGCGGCCUCCCUCCCUGCGCGGGCCGCACCCGGGCUGCCACCGACCGGCGGCGGCCGGUUCAGCCGGCGAAGUGCGUCCCCCCGCCGGGGGAAGCAGCGGCCUCCCUCCCUGGCGGGGCCGCACCCGGGCUGCCACCGACCGGCGGCGGCCGGUUACAGCCGGCGAAGUGCGUCCCCCCGCCGGGGGAAGCAGCGGCCUCCCUCCCUGGCGGGGCCGCACCCGGUCUGACCACGACCGGCGGCGGCCGGUUACAGCCGGCGAAGUGCGUCCCCCCGCCGGGGGAAGCAGCGGCCUCCCUCCCUGGCGGGGCCGCACCCGGGCUGCCACCGACCGCCGGCGGCCGGUUACAGCCGGCGAAGUGCGCACUAUCAGUAAACUGGUUCCUAUUUAUAAACUUUUUAGAUGUCACAGAUGAUGUCACUGAUGAUGUCAUAAGCCACAUGACCUCACCAGAGAACGGAGCCAGAGAACUUCACGUGACCUGUGACAUCAUAGGUCACAUGACCUCACCGGUGGGGAUGUUGCAUCAGCACAUAAACAGCGUGAUAGAAAUGCACCAUUUCAUCACCAAAUGACCUCGUCAAGAGGAAUCAGAAAUAGUAAAAAUGAGAAAGGAGGGAGGCAAGCGUCAAACCAGCAGGGGGAGACCACCUGUGACAGUCUACAGCAGCUCCUCUGGUGCCACUCGCUCCUGGCAGCACUGUUAGUGAUGUUUGCCAGCCGGCAGCCACAGGAAGGACCCUGGUGCACAGACUUGAAAAACUAAGCACCUGUUAAAAUCCCAUAACUAGUAAAGCAGCUUCAUUCAGAGCUUGUGUGAGCUGGACCCCCGGCUGGAAUAUUCUGUCAUUAAAGAUGCCGUUUAUGUAUUUCCUACAGGUACUGUCUGUUGCUUUUUUUCUCUCUCUCUCUCUCUCUCUCUCUCUCUCCAGCUGUUAU